GGCAUUUGGGGUGGCGCCUGGAAAUCACCAUUUUAAAACAGCUGCUUCAGGUUGAUACCCAUAGCCUGCGCACCUCGCCUUCAGAAACUCUGGUAUAACUGGUGGAGAGGAACAUUGCAUUGGGUUGGCUAUGGGACUGUUUAUCUUCAGGAAGGCUUCCAAGAGGAAGUGAUUCUAGCUGGGCUUUGUAUUGAGAGACUAGACUAUCUGCUGGUUCUUUGCCUCACAGUUAUGAAUUCCCUCCCCCGCCACCACCAGGAUGCGGAAGAUCUCAGUGCUGCUCUUCCUGGCCUGGGUGGGCUUCCUCUUCUACGCCGGCAUUGCUCUCUUCACCAGUGGCUUCCUGCUCACCCGUUUGGAGCUCACCAACCAUAGCAGCUGCCAAGAGCCCCCAGGCCCUGGGUCCCUCCCAUGGGGGAGCCGAGGGGAGCCCGGGGCCUGCUGGAUGGCUUCCCGAUUCUCCCGACUUGUGUUGGUGCUCAUAGACGCUCUGCGAUUUGACUUUGCUCAGCCCCAGCUCUCACAUGUUUCUGGGGAGCCUCCCAUCUCCCUGCCCUUCCUGGGCAAACUGGGCUUCUUGCAGAGGAUCCUGGAAAUUCAGCCCCACCAUGCCAGGCUCUACCAGUCCAAGGUUGACCCCCCGACCACCACCAUGCAGCGCCUCAAGGCCCUCACCACCGGCUCACUGCCUACCUUUAUUGACGCUGGCAGUAAUUUUGCCAGCUACGCCAUAGCGGAAGACAAUCUCGUUAAGCAGCUUACGAGUACAGGAAGGCGUGUGGUCUUCAUGGGAGAUGAAACCUGGAACGAUCUUUUUCCUGGAGCUUUCUCCCAAGCUUUCUUUUUCCCGUCCUUCGAUGUUAGAGACCUACACACAGUGGACAAUGUGGACAGUGGUGAAUGGGAUGUGCUGAUUACUCACUUCCUGGGUGUGGAUCACUGUGGCCACAAGCAUGGCCCUCAUCAUCCUGAAAUGGCCAAGAAACUUAGCCAAAUGGACCAGGUGAUCCAGGGACUCGUGGAGCGUCUGGAGAAUGACACGCUGCUGGUAGUGACUGGGGACCAUGGGAUGACCACGAGUGGGAACCAUGGAGGGGACAGUGAGCUGGAGACCUCAGCUGCACUUUUUCUGUAUAGUCCCACAGCCCUCUUCCCCAGCGCCCCACCAGAGGAGCCAGAGGUAAUUCCUCAAAUCAGCCUUGUGCCUACGCUGGCCCUGCUGUUGGGCCUGCCCAUCCCAUUUGGGAACAUCGGGGAGGUGAUAGCUGAGGUCUUCUCGGAGGUCGAAGACUCCCAGCCUCACUCUUCUACUCUGGCCCAAGCCUCAGCUCUCCAUCUCAAUGCCCAGCAGGUGUCCCGAUUUCUUCACACCUACUCAACUGCUGCUCAGGACCUCCAAGUUAAGGAGCUUCAUCGACUGCAGAACCUCUUCUCCAAAGCUUCUGCUGACUACCAGCGGCUUCUGCAGAGCCCCCAGGGGGCUGAGGCAGCACUACAGACUGUGAUUACUGAGCUGCAGCAGUUCCUGCGGGGAGUUCGGGCCAUGUGCAUUGAGUCUUGGGCUCGUUUUUCUCUGGUCCGCAUGGCAGGGGGUGCUGCUCUCUUGGCUGCUACCUGCUUUCUUUGCCUACUGGUAUCCCAGUGGGCAGCAUCCCCAGGCUUCUAUUUCCGCCCUCUCCUAAUACCCAUGGCCUGGGGUUUGACUGGAGCCUUAGUGUGUGCUGGACUCCUGGCAACUACUGGGCUGAAGCUGGAUUCAGUGGUUCUAGGGGCCAUGGCUGCAGUGGGCUCACUUCUGCCUUUUCUGUGGAAAGCCUGGGCUAGCUGGGGAGCUAAGAGGCCCCUGGCAGCCCUGCUUCCCAUGCCUGGGCCUGUCCUGUUACUCCUGCUCAUUCGCUUUGCUGGUUUCUUCUCUGAUAGCUUUGUUAUAGCCGAGGCCAGGGCCGCCCCCUUCCUUUUGAUCUCACUUAUCUUGCUCCUGGUUGCCCAGCUUCACUGGGAGGGCAAGCUGCUGCCACCUAAGCUACUCACAAUACCUCGCCUUGGCUUUCUGACCCCAGCAGGCCCCCCACGUCACAAUGGCACGCAUGCCCUGGGGCUUGGAGUUGGGUUGCUUUUAUGUAUAAGGCUAGCUGGGCUUUUUCAUCGCUGCCCUGAAGAGACGCCUGCUUGCAGCUCCUCUCCCUGGCUGAGUCCCCUGGCAUCCAUGGUGGGUGGUCGAGCCAAGAAUGUGUGGUAUGGAGCUUGUGUGGGGGCGCUGGCGGCCCUGUUAGCUGCCGUGCGCCUGUGGCUUCGCCGCUAUGGUAAUCUCAAGAGUCCUGAGCCCCCUGUGCUCUUUGUGCGCUGGGGGCUGCCGCUGAUGGGACUAGGCACUGCCGCCUACUGGGCCUUGGCAUCAGGGGCGGAUGAAGCACCCCCACGUCUCCGGGCCCUGGUCGCUGGGGCAUCAGUUAUGUUACCUAGGGCUGUGGCCGGGUUGGCUGCUUCAGGGCUCAUGCUGCUGCUCUGGAGGCCUGUGACGGUGCUGGUGAAAGCUGCAGCGGGUGCUCCACGGACCAGGACUGUCCUCACUCCCUUCUCAGGCCCCCCCACUUCUCAGGCUGACCUGGAUUAUGUGGUUCCUCAAAUCUACCGACACAUGCAGGAGGAGUUCCGGGGCCGGCUAGAGAGGACCAAAUCUCAGGGCCCCCUGACGGUGGCUGCCUAUCAGUUGGGGAGUGUCUACUCGGCUGCUAUGGUCACGGCCCUCACCCUCUUGGCCUUUCCACUUCUGCUAUUGCAUGCAGAGCGCAUUAGCCUUGUGUUCCUGCUUCUGUUUCUGCAGAGCUUCCUUCUCCUGCAUCUGCUUGCUGCUGGGAUACCCAUCACCACCCCUGGUCCUUUUACUGUGCCUUGGCAGGCAGUUUCUGCUUGGGCCUUCAUGGCAACACAGACCUUCUAUUCCACGGGUCACCAGCCCGUCUUUCCAGCUAUCCAUUGGCAUGCUGCCUUCGUGGGAGUCCCAGAGGGCCAUGACUUUACCUGGCUGUCUGCUUUGCUGGUGGGAACCAACACCUUUGCCUCCCAUAUCCUCUUUGCAGUAGGUUGCCCAUUGCUCCUGCUCUGGCCCUUUCUCUGUGAGAGUCAAGGGCCCCGGAAGAGGCGGCAGCCCCCAGGGAAUGAAGCUGAGGCCAGAGUCAGGCCUGAGGAGGAGGAGGAGCCACUGAUGGAGAUGCGGCUCCGGGACGCGCCUCACCACUUCAAUGCAGCGCUGCUGCAGCUGGGCCUCAAGUACCUCUUUGUCCUUGGUAUUCAGAUUUUGGCCUGUGCCUUGGCAGCCUCCAUCCUCCGCAGGCAUCUCAUGGUCUGGAAGGUGUUUGCCCCCAAGUUCAUUUUUGAGGCCGUGGGCUUCAUUGUGAGCAGCGUGGGACUUUGCCUGGGCAUAGCUUUGGUGAUGCGAGUGGAUGGUGCUGUGAGCUCCUGGUUCAGGCAGUUAGUUCUGGCCCAGCAGAAGGCUGGAGAACAAUCAAGCCUGGUCUAUACGGGUGCUGGAUCAUCUGCAAGAGAGGCUCAGUCACACCUCUUACCACCAUGCAGCCAGGAUCUACUGGCAUCUGGGACUUCAUUAUUUUAUAAUUCAAAAUCAUAGUGGAGCCUAAUCCGUAACUCCUGCUUUGGAUACAUCUGAGAGACUGAGGGGCUGCCUCCGAAGUGGAACGAAAUAAUGAUGUAAAUAUGUGUGUCUGAGGUGUAGGGGAGCCCCCACUGUCCUGUAGGGGAUAUGUGGAGGGUCAGUCUCCCCUCAUCCAGGCACAGAUGGGAUCAGCCGUCUUACGGAGACCUGGCCACAUCUGAGAACUCUGGGAGGUGGUUGGAGUUGUCUGAAUUCACUUCUCCCAACUCCUCCCAAAUCACUACUGUUAUUCCACCUGCCAUUUUCCUUUGCCAUGGAACAUAUUUUAUUAAAUUCUUUUGCUUUGGCUGAUAA